AUGGGUUGGUAGAACAUAUUGACAAGUUUAGCUCUAAGACAUUUCAAGACCUUGAGAUGGUGAAUAUGGGGAGUUUCUAUGGGUUGCUAAUAGUAGGAUUGUCAAUACUUGUUGGGAUUCAAUCUUCUUAUGCUUCACAAAUAACCAGGAGUUUUCAAUUCAAUCUAGAGUGGACAGAAGUGAGCAGGUUGUGCCAUAGAAAGCCACUUCUAACAGUGAAUGGGAAGUAUCCAGGGCCAACCAUUGCUGUCCAUGAAGGUGAUAAUGUUGUGGUUAAGGUUACCAACCUUGCUGCCAGGAACACAACUAUCCAUUGGCAUGGAAUAAGGCAGCUAAGAACAGGAUGGGCAGAUGGUCCAGCAUACAUAACACAGUGCCCAAUCACAGGAGGGCAGUCUUAUAGCUACAACUUCACAGUGAUUGGGCAGAGGGGUACCCUAUGGUGGCAUGCCCAUCAUGCAUGGCAAAGAGCUUCUGUUUAUGGUGCCUUCAUCAUCUACCCUCGCAUGCCCUAUCCAUUCUCUCUACCUAUCCAAGCUGAUUUUCCAAUCAUUUUUGGUGAAUGGUGGAAUGGAGAUAUAGAUGCAGUGGAAAAUGAAAUGAUGAUGUAUGGUAGUGGCCCAAACUCUUCAGAUGCUUACACCAUUAAUGGAUUGCCAGGGCCCCUCUAUCCUUGCUCUAACAAAGAUACUUUUGUCCAGACAGUCGACCGUGGCAAAACCUACAUGCUAAGAAUCAUCAAUGCAGCCCUCAAUGACGAGCUCUUCUUCGCUGUCGCUAACCAUACAUUGACCGUGGUUGAAAUAGAUGCAGUUUACACAAAACCAUUCACAACCACCGCCAUAAUGAUCGCCCCGGGACAAACCACCAAUGUUCUCCUCACCGCGAAUCAAGUGCCUGACUCAACGGGCGUUUUUGUAAUGUCAGCAAGGCCUUAUCUCACUUCACUAUUUCCCUUCGACAAUUCGACCACAAUCGCCUUUUUAAAAUACAGAGACACAACAACUAAACAAAUUACUAACCCAAUAAUCCCCAAUAAUUUCCCUCUCCACAACCUUCCUAAAAUGGAAGACACGGCCUUUGCCACACAAUUUUCAAAUAAUCUUCGUAGCCUAGCAUCCGCGGUGUACCCUUGUAACGUGCCCAAAAUAAUCGACAAGAGAGCAAUAAUAACUAUAAGCUUGAACCUUCAAGAUUGCCCGGCUAACCAAACAUGUAAAGGUUAUUUGGGCAAAAAAUUUUAUGCUUCAAUGAACAACCAAUCUUUCGUUCGCCCUCUAAUGUCAAUCCUCCAAUGCCACUACCAGAACCUUUCUACGACCGUGUACUACAAUAAUUUCCCUGAGAAACCGCCACACACCUUUAAUUACACCGGUGUGGACCCAUUAACUGUAAACUUGAAUACAGAAUUUGGGACAAGGCUUUUGGAGGUGAACUAUGGUACAAAUUUGGAAAUAGUGUUGCAAGAUACAAAUCUUCUUAAUUUUGAGAACCAUCCUAUCCAUGUUCAUGGUCACAACUUUUUUAUUGUUGGGAAAGGAUUUGGGAAUUUUGACGCAGCCAAUCACCCGGCAUUUUAUAAUCUUGUGGACCCACCUGAGAGGAACACGGUGGCGGUUCCAAGUGGCGGGUGGGCCGCGAUCCGACUCAAGGCGGAUAAUCCAGGUGUUUGGUUCAUCCAUUGUCACCUUGAGGAACAUACUUCAUGGGGUUUGGCUAUGGGUAUGAUAGUGAAAAGCGGGUCGGGUCCUAAUCAGUGCAUUUUACCUCCUCCUCAAGAUCUUCCAUCAUGCUGAGCCUUUCAACAGCUACUUAAGUCAUGUUUGGAAAGCACUAAUUAGUAGCUAAUAGAUUUUGUAAUGGAUAGCAUAUGAGUGUGUGUGAGUGUGUGAUUAUAUAUAGGUUUUGUUGAGAAAGUUUGGAAAAUCUUUGAGUUAAUGGAAUAUCGAAAUUUAGUGAACUAAUGGGGUCGAUUGUAUUUAUCACAUUUGUCAGGGAAAGUCCGUGUAAUUUACUUUACUCAAUGUGAAAAUAUGGUAAUAUUACAUGA